UGUUCUGUCUGGAUAUAAACAAAACUUCAUCCGCCUCAACUGAAUAACAAAUGAUGUGAGAUAUGUUAUUGUCCAGAACCGGUACCGACACUCAGUGAGCCAGCGGUCCGUGAACCUCUCAUCAGUAUGGCUGCCGGGACGCUGCAGGAGCUUGUAUCCGCCGCUGCCGCUGAGCAUCCUGACAGAGCCGCCGUGACAUACGACGGCCGCCCGGUGUCGGGGAGCCCGGUGUCUCUGCUGUACCGAGACCUGGUUGAACUGACCGGCGAACUGUCUCUGAUCUUACGGGAGAACUGCUCUGCUAGUAACGGCGUCAUCGGGCUGUACUGCCGUGAUGAUUUGUUCAUACCUGUGUGGAUCCUAGGGAUCCUUCAGUCUCCUGCUGCCUACGUCCCACUGGACCCCGAGGCUCCAGGACUUCUCUCUGCCAGAGUCAUGAACCGCUGUGGCCUCAAGUACUGUGCUGUGAAGACUGACCUUCUGCAGCGUUUCCAGACAGCUGUGGCCACACACAUGUCGGUGGAGGUGUGUUUGGUGUUGUCCAAGUUUAAACUAACAGUGGUACGAGUCGAGUUGCUGCCAGACACACAUGAGACUGUGGCCCAGGUGGAGAAGGACUCUGGGAGCUGGGACCUGGCGUAUGUGCUGCACACAUCUGGAACGACUGGCCUCCCAAAGAUUGUGCGGGUACCACACAAGUGUAUCCUCCCCAAUAUUCUCCACCUGAGAUCGUUGUUUCAGGUGAGUGCACGUGAUGUGGUUUUCCUGGCCUCGCCUUUAACCUUUGACCCCUCUGUGGUGGAUAUUUUCCUGGCCUUAUCAUCCGGGGCUCAGCUCCUCAUGGUUCCCUCUAUGAUCAAGAAAACGCCCAGUCGACUGGCUCAGCUGCUGUUCAGGGAUCAUGAGACGACCGUCCUUCAGGUCACACCCACUCUGCUCAGCCGCUUCGGGCAUCGCCUCCUCAAACAGGAAGUGUUGUCGCCUGGCUCCUCGCUGCGGGUGUUGGCUCUGGGCGGAGAGGCCUGUCCCUCGCCGGCUGUGCUGAGGAGCUGGAGACACGAGGACAACAAAACACACAUCUACAACAUCUACGGCAUCACUGAGGUGUCCUGCUGGGCCUGCUGCUGCAGAGUCCCACAGUCUCUGCUGCAGGCCAGAGACACUCCCUCCAGCGCGGCGUCCUCAGUGCCUCUCGGGACUCCUCUGAUGGACACGCUGGUGGAGGUCAGAGAUGAACAUGGCUGCGUUGUUACAGAGGGAGAAGGACAGGUGUUCAUAGGUGGAGAGGACAGAGUGUGUCUCCUGGACGAGGAGCAGGCCGUCGUCCCCGGGACGAUGAGAGCCAGCGGAGACUGGGUGAACGUUAAAGACGCCCAGCUGUACUACCUGGGACGCAGAGACAGGCUGAUAAAACGCCAUGGGAAACGGGUGAACCUGGACGGCGUGCAGCAGCUCAUCGUGAGUCUGCCUCAGGUGGAGGCCUGUGCUGUGGGUCUGUCUGACGGCUCUCGGCUGCUCGCCUUUGUUGUGGCGUCUACAUCUGGAGACCAGACCGCAGCGUCUCCUCUCACAUCUGUACAGCAGUGUGAGGGGAAAUCACCCUCGGGUCUUGGUCAGUAUCAGGACCACCUCCCUUCUCUUGUAACGCACCACCACCAGGAGGAGGAGACGGGCGGUGCAGACGGAGACAUGCGCAGACUGAUAGUGGACCGGCUGUCUCUGCUGCUGCCGUCAUACAGUGUUCCUGACUCGCUGGUCCUCAUCCCGGCGUUAAGCCUGACUCGUCAUGGUGAGCACGGGACGCUAGUCACUGCGGUGGAGACACAGCGGCUCAUUCAUUCAGCUUUUAAUGUUUGUAUCUCGGCAGGUAAAGUGGACAUGGAGGCUCUUAUGAGAAUAUACCACAGACAGAGACACAGAGCGGAGUCCUCGCAGGGAGACGUCAGCCAACUAAAGCAAACCCUUCAGUCUUUGUGGCAGGAGGCUUUAGGUUUUGCUGAAGCUGUGACCAUUGACGAGGAAUCCAACUUCCUGUUGAGUGGAGGCGACUCUCUGAAGGCGCUGCACCUGUGUGAGGACAUCCGCUCUGCUGUGGGAGUCCCCGCACCACAACUGUUGGAGGUUAUACUUGAUGGGACCUUUUCUGACAUCCUGCGCUGCGUUGCCAGAGCAACACUGAUGCUGCCGCUUGAGAACAGCACAUCAUCACUUCCUGAGGCCAAGAAGCGGCAAACUGACGCUCCCCCUGUUGUUCUAGUGAAGAGACAACGCACACAGUCUGAGUCUAGAGUGGCAGAGAGGCCGCAGCAGGAGAGACGGGCUGUGAAAGUUAUAAGACGAGCAGGUGAUGUGAUGGAAAUCAACGUCAGGAAUGAGGAGACGAGUAAAAACCUCCAGACUGAGAAAUGGGGAGCUGCUGCUCUGGGCCUCAGUCUGAGCUGGUCCUCAGAUACAGGCAGAUGUGUGGACGCCUCGCCGGUGCUUCUGGUCCAUGAAAGAACAGAUCACAGGUCAGAUUCUACCCAAAUAACCGUGUUCAUCGGUUCACACUCUCACAGGAUCCAGGCUUUAGACCUGGACACCGGGAGCCUCGUGUGGGAGCGAGUCCUCGGGGACAGAAUCGAGGCGUCGGCUGCCAUGUCUCACUGCGGGACUCUGGUGGUUAUAGGUUGCUAUGACGGCUCUGUGUAUUUUUUGUGCGCUGCUUCUGGAAAGACGCGGUGGACAUUUGAGACGGGAGAUGCUGUGAAGAGCUGUCCCGCUGUGGAUCCCCACACAGGUCUGGUGAUGGUGGGCUCACAUGAUGGACAUGUUUAUGCCCUGAACCCAAAGCUUCAGCAGUGUGUCUGGAAACGUCACUGUGGGGGAGGGGCCGUGUUUUCCUCCCCCUGGCUCCAGCCAACCCUCAGGCAGCUGUAUGUGGCGUCGUUGGGGGGUCACCUGCUCUGCCUCCACCCAGACAGUGGAGAGGUGCUGUGGUCUGUCCGCAGAGACGUCCCGUUCUUCUCGUCACCAAACGCCUCCUCUGGUGGCGUCGCCAUCGGCUCAGUGGAUGGAAACAUCUGCUGCUUCAGCAACACGGGGAAACUGGUGUGGCAGUUUCCAACAAAGGGCCCCGUCUUCUCGUCUCCGUGCGUCACACCUGACCAGCGGAGGCUCCUGUGUGGAUCUCACGACGGUCACCUGUACUGUCUGAACUGCGCCGACGGCUCUUUGGUUUGGACUUUCCGGACGUCGGGCAAAGUGUACUCCAGCCCGUGUGUGUUCGAUGGCGCCGCUGUGGGCAGGACGGGGGAUCUGGUGGGGCUGGCCUCCACAGACGGCACCGUCUGGAUCCUGGACGGUCUCAACGGACAAACGCUGGCCUCGCACACUCUGCCCGGGGAGCUGUUCUCAUCCCCGGUGGUGUAUGAACAGUCUCUUGUCAUCGGGUGCCGCAAUGACUCUGUGUAUUGUUUGAAGCUGAGUGUCCAAGAGGAAGCAGAGAAGGAUUAA